AGCUCCGAGCUGCAGCCGCCGCCAUUUUGUGCGUGCCCGUGUUUUCCCCCACCCCCGCUCCCCAAACCGCGGCGGCCGGGACGCCCCGCGCCUCGUGCCGGGCGGGCGAGGCGAAGCCAAGGCCUCGGCCGGGGCCUCGGGAGCCGUCGGGGGCCGCGAAGCCGCGCAGCUGGAAGAGACAGAGGGGGAAAGGAGCGGCAACACGGAAAAGGGGGGGAACGAGCCCUCGGCGCUGCCCCCCGACGGGAGGAGGAGUCUCGGCGCCAGGCCCAGGCGCGGCACCGCUAUGGAGAACUCGCAGCUGUGCAAGCUGUUCAUCGGCGGCCUCAACGUGCAGACCACGGAGGCCGGGCUGCGGGAGCACUUCGCGGCCUACGGCACGUUGACCGACUGCGUGGUGGUGCUCAACCCGCAGACCAAGCGCUCCCGCUGCUUCGGCUUCGUCACGUACUCGGCGGUGGAGGAGGCGGACGCCGCCAUGGCCGCGUCUCCUCACGCCGUGGACGGGAACUCGGUGGAGCUGAAACGCGCCGUGUCCCGGGAGGACUCGGCCAAACCGGGCGCACACGCCAAGGUGAAGAAGCUGUUCGUGGGCGGCCUGAAAGGGGACGUGGGCGAAGGGGACCUGGUGCAGCACUUCAGCCAGUUCGGCCCGGUGGAGAAGGCCGAGAUCAUCGCCGACAAACAGAGCGGCAAGAAGCGCGGCUUCGGGUUCGUCUACUUCCAGAACCACGACGCGGCCGACAAAGCGGCCGUGGUGAAGUUCCACCCGAUCCAGGGCCACCGCGUGGAGGUGAAGAAGGCCGUGCCCAAGGAGGACAUCCAGGCCGGCGGGGGCGGCUCCGCGCGGCCCUCGCGGGGCGGCCGGGGCGGAGGACGGGGUCGGGGCGGAGGAUCCGGUAACCGGGACCACAACGGGCUGUCCAAGGGCGGCGGCGGCGGCUACAACAGCUACGGCGGAUACGGCGGAGGGGGCGGCGGUGGCUACGGCGGGUACGGCGGAGGCUCCUACGGCGGCGGAGGGGGAGGAGGCGACUACGGCAACGGGUACGGCGGGUUCGGCACGUACAGCCAGCACCAGUCCGCAUACGGCCCCAUGAAGAGCGGCGGAGGAGGGGGCGGAGGGGGCGGCAACUGGGGGGGCCGCAGUAACAGUGGACCGUACAGAGGAGGUUACGGCGGGGGAGGGUACGGGGGCGGCUCGUUCUGAGCCGGAGCGCCCGAACCCAUUGGGGGGCGGCCCGCCCAGCUCCUCCCUUUGGGCCGGGGCGGCUUCUCGACGGUUUCUCCCUCGCCCGCCGUAGGGCAGCUCCUUUUAAAUGCCUCCCCGCUGCGGGAGCAGCUCCUAAAUGCCCCCUGGGGGCCGCCUCUGCUGCCCGAGCCACUUCUUUCUCUCUGAAGAUGGACCGGGCCCCACACACACACAUACUUUGUGUUACAGUCAUUGAUGGACUCUAUUUUUUUAUUAUUACUUGGACCUCGGUCGUUUUUAUACUAGCAACGAAAAAUGUCUUGUUUUAAUUUGCUUUUCUGGGGGGUUACGGGGUGGGGAAGCGUCUUGUCGAUCUGGAGUAACAACCGGGGAGGGCUGUGGGGAAUUCCUUUGUUGUAAGGACUCGAUACCUCCUGGUUACUGCGUUUUUUUCUACAAAGCCUACUCGGAUCCCAUGACUGAAGUUAACGUUUCUGUAAAGGAGGAGAAAAAACAAAAAAGAAAAAAACAAACAAAAAAGAAAAAAAACACAAAAAAUGGUUUUUACGUUUUUUAUUUUUUAAAUAAAUCAUUGUGUUCAUUGAUCGUUACAUGUCUAAUUAUUUUUUUUCCUAGGAUCCAUUCCGUACGGUUUUAAGGCUUUUCUGGGUUUUCAGUGUUGCUCUGCUUUUCGAUCUCUGUGUACUUAAAGGCUUAAGAUGUCGAUGCCAGUUCAAGGUCCUGCCUGACUUGUUUCUUGGUUUCCAAACACUGGGCAGAGAAAUUGUUUUAGUAUCAGCCCGUGGAUGUGCUCCGUGUUUAGCUCCUUGUUCUCACUUUGCAGUUUGUGUGCAUCCACCAUCUUGUACCGGUUUGACGUACUGACACGGUUGGUCGGGGUUAUUAUUUUCUUUCCCUAUAGGACUUUUCACAUCAACGUAUGUACUGUGUUGCCAAGAACUAGUUUGUGUUAAGCAUGUGCUUCAUUCAUAUAAAAUGUUCCGAAUUUCCGAUUGCUUAGUUUCAAGUCCUCUUAUUGGUUUGUCUCUGUACCAGGAAAGGGUGGGCAUUGCUCCCUUUAUUAAACGCACGCUGUUCUCAUAGUUAACGGACUUCUCACUGAACUAUUGUCCUACAUUAAAGUUCCCCGAGGUCUCUGGCAGCUCCACCUACUGGAGGAUGGCAGCACGAGGAACGCUUUGCAAACCUUUGUACCAGACCUGAAAGCGAAUUGAUGCCGUUAGAUGAAACCUGCAUGUGAAUAAAGAUGGGCUCUGUGAGUAUUGACUGGGGGGAAAAAAAACAAGCAAACAAAGGAACAAAAAGGUUGCAAAACUUCAAUACUUGGCCUCAGCGCAUUUCUUUCUCUCAUCAUUGCAAUUGCCCGUAGUAUUUCAGAGCGAUCAUCUGUUUGGGCAAAGUGCUAUGAAAAAUGAGCCAGCUCAGCGUACCGGUGACUUAGGUGCCAGUUGUAAAGCAAAACUAUUUGUGUAGUCUGCUUGAUUAACAAAUGUAUAUUUGUAGCCCAUUCACGCAAUAGAAUUAAAGUUUGUUGUUUAUUAAAAAAGCAUAAUGUUUUAGGGGAAAACCGCCUUCCUGCAUAGAAAUAUAGAAUAGCGACGUUUAUGGGUUUAUGGAUAUCAAAUAAAGAAUUGAAUUCCUUA